GCUUAGACUAAAGCUGCAGCUGCUACUAAAGCUACCCCACGAUUAUGGUAUGGACAGUGGGGAUGAAUACAAACCUAGGUGCAUGGGAGAAUGAUCGACUGCACCAGUAACAUCAUGUUUUACACCAUGGCGUCGUGCUGGCAGCAGCUUCUCGGCCUCACCCUGAUGAUUCUGGUCACCCGUUCGACAGUUAGCUGCCCGGCGCGAUGUGAGUGUGCGCCCCAGAUCAAGUCGGUGGUUUGCCACAGGAAGCGGCUGACUGCCAUCCCGGAGGGCAUUCCCAUUGAGACCAAAAUACUGGACCUGAGCAAGAACCGGCUCCGGUGCAUCAGCUCCGGGGACCUGGCGACCUUCCCUCUUCUGGAAGAAGUUGACCUGAGCGAGAACAUCAUCACAAACGUGGAACCCGGGGCUUUCAGCAACUUGUUCAACCUCCGGUCCCUGCAGCUACGCGGGAACCAACUGAAACUCAUCCCUACCGGCGUCUUCUCAAGGCUGGCGAACCUCACCCGGCUGGACCUCAGCGAGAACAAAAUCGUCAUCUUGCUGGACCACAUGUUCCAGGACCUGAGGAACCUGAAGCAGCUGGAGGUCGGUGACAAUGACUUGGUCUACAUCUCGCAGCGGGCCUUCAGUGGUCUACUCGGGCUGGAACAACUCACCAUUGAGAAGUGUAACCUCACCACCGUUUCUGCCGAAUCCCUGUCCUACCUCCAGAACCUGGGCACUCUCCGGCUCCGUUACCUGAGCAUCAGCUUCCUGGAGGAGCAGAACUUCAGGAAACUCUACAACCUGAAGGAACUGGAGAUCGAUUCCUGGCCCCUUCUGGAGACCAUCACUCCCACCACCCUAUAUGGUUUGAACCUCACCUAUCUCUCCAUCACCAGCACCAACCUCUCGUCGGUACCUUCCGGAGCCUUCAGAAACCUGAUCUAUCUCAAGCUGCUGAAUUUGUCCUAUAACCCCAUAACUACCAUCGAAUCCGGCUCCUUCCGCGACUUAAUCCGGCUCCAGCACUUGUACCUAGUAAGUACAAUGCUCAGCACCAUCCAGCCUCACGCCUUCCUGGGCCUGAGACAGCUGAAGGUGCUCAACAUCUCCAACAACCUCUUGGUGACGCUGGAAGAGAACGCCCUGCACUCGGUGGGGAACCUGGCCGUGCUGCGCUUGGACAACAACCCCCUCUCCUGCGACUGUCGCCUCCUGUGGCUUCUGCAGAAGAGGAACACGCUGAGCUUCGAUCACAAGCAGCCAGUGUGUGCCUCGCCAGCGGACAUUCAGGGCAGCCAGCUGACAGACUUCGAGGACUCCGCCCUCCACGACUACUUCACUUGCCAAAAGCCCAAAAUACGGGACCGAAAGCCACAGCGGGUGACGGCGGGUGAAGGUCAGACUGUCUACUUCACCUGCCGGGCGGACGGCGAGCCAACGCCGGUGAUAAUGUGGGUGUCUCCCCAGCGGAGGAUGAUCACCAGCAAGAGCAUCGGCCGGGCCACCAUCCUGCCGGGCGGCACCCUGGAGAUCCGCUUUGUCCAGGUCCACGACAGUGGCACCCACAUCUGCAUCGCCAGCAACGCCGGCGGCAACGACACCUCCUUCGCCGUGCUCACCGUGAAGGGACAGAGAUCAGACGGAGUCCCUUUUGCAAACAGGACCGCGUCCCUCUCCGAGUUCAACGAGACCGCCUUCAACGACACGCAGGUGCUCCUGAAGUUUACACUGGAUCUGAAAACCAUCCUGGUGUCCACGGCGAUGGGCUGCAUCACCUUCCUGGGAGUGGUGCUCUUCUGCUUCUUGAUCCUGUUCGUGUGGAGCAGGGGGAGAGGACACCACAAGAAUAACUUCUCGGUGGAAUACUCCUUCCGCAAGGUGGACGGACCGACAGUCAGCGGCGGGCAAGGAGGAGCCAGAAAGUUCAACAUGAAGAUGAUCUAAGUCUUUCCUGGGGCCCCCGAGGUUACAUUCAGUUGUGGUCAAUAAGCUGAUUGAUCAUUUGAUUCAUACAGACGUUUGCUUAUAAUGUUCUAAUAAUAAGCAUAAUCCACAAUAUGUGUAUGAGUUACUCUGGCUCAGGUGAGAGCUGGAUUGCAUGCUGUAAAUAGUCACUCUGUCCGGGGACCGAUUUGGACCAUCACAAUCAUUGGCACCCACUCGAUUUGCACUUUUUUUUUCGACACAUCGGGGUAGAAAUGAAUUUGUGACUGAAUUUGAACUUGAGUCCAGCAGUAAUAGGAGGACAGCGCGGAGUCGCUACUGUGUUCCCCCUGGUUACACGCUCUGCAGAGGGAGCUGAUGGUAGUUUGUGGGACGGUGCAUUUGAGCGGUUGCUUUGAUGCAGCAGGAAGCUGGUCCGGCCUACCUGUCACAGUCAGACAUGGCCCAAGGGUUGAGAGAGGUGAAGAGCCCUUCAUUUGUGCAAAACCUCAAUUCAGACAGAUGCCCAGAACAGCUGGCUGUCCCUAACCAGAGGUCGGCCAAUGCUGGUCACCUUGGCAAGGAAAGUUCUCAGUCUGGCUCCCAUCUGCAGCCCAGAAAAGCAGGGGCCAGUUUUGUUAGGGUCCAUUGUCUGUUCACUCCACUCAGGUAAUUUACCUUUCCAAUUAAUGCCACAAGUCCAGGAAGCAUAAACACCCAGAAAUGAAUGGUCGGUUUAGUUACCCAUGACCCUGUCAUACUUGAUUGAAUAUUCAAACACAUUGAUUAGUCAGACAAAUAAUCUAUGUGUGACAAGCGAAUACAGGUUCUAAAUACUGCCAGCCAUGUGUACAUGACCUUGAGAAUCCAUAAUCACGUCCCCUGAGACAUGGAAGGUUGAAAUCUUUUGGUAAUGUUGGAAGCAUUGUUUGGAGAUAAAACCCAAAUUAUUUUGGCCAGUCAUUUCACCUCUUGGAUAAUGAAAUGCUGCUUCAAGAUCAUAUCAGUUUGAAGUUCCUUUAAUGGGCAAUCAAGUGGAUAAUUGUUCAGAUUUGCCCAUGUUGUACGAUCGUCUUGUUAUCAGAAGGUAAUGUAACUGCACAUUAUUUCUUUAUGCAUUUUUUAAAAAUCUGACUGUAUUUUGAUUUAAAUAAGAAUCCAUUCUGAACUUUUUGUAUGGAAAAGCCUGUGUCAGAUUUCUGAAUUAUAUCACUUUUUUUCUGCUUACAAGGACAAGCAAAAUGUUACCAUGGCAACAUUGUUUAACUUAAUGUUUUUGUUAUUUUGUAAAGAAUGUCCCUGCAAAGAUAUUAUGUCUUUACUAGUGGCUCGCAAAGUGUUUCUGCAGCUUUCCACAUCAUUUACCCCAGCCACAACUGUCUCCCAAUCCCAAUCCCAAUUUAUCAAAAACUCUCACUCAAAGCAAUUAUGUACUUUCCAUCCACAUCUUUUUACAGACACAAUAAACAACAUUCAAACAGUAUUAUACUUUAAUAAGCAAAUACAUAAAAAACAGCUGACAGGUUUGCCAUUUGAAAUGCAAUUCACUACAGGAGCGAACAAUUGGAAAGAAAUGCAAGUGUAUGGGGUGUUCAAUGUGAAUUUUCAUAUUAAAUAACUUGCAUUUUUGAUGCUGUAGUUUUGGAGCAGAUGCAGGCU